UGAAGAUGCGUGACCACGCGUACUUAUAUAUGUCGAGGGAAUCAGAACUUACCAUUAACCAACACCAAGGAAUUCGAAUUCAUUCCAACUUUAGGAUAUUCGAAUUUACCAGAUCAAUAACACCUUUAUUUGAAAUAUUUUUUACUAAGUUAUAAUGGCUCGUACCAAACAAACCGCACGUAAAUCCACUGGUGGUAAGGCUCCUCGUAAGCAACUUGCCUCCAAGGCCGCCCGUAAGGCCGCUCCCGCUACUGGUGGUGUCAAGAAGCCUCAUCGUUAUCGUCCUGGUACCGUCGCUCUUCGUGAAAUUCGUCGUUACCAAAAGUCUACUGAAUUGUUGAUUCGUAAGCUUCCCUUCCAACGUUUGGUUCGUGAAAUUGCCCAAGAUUUCAAGACUGACUUGCGUUUCCAAUCCUCUGCUGUCGGUGCCCUUCAAGAAGCCGUCGAAGCUUACCUUGUCUCCCUUUUCGAAGACACCAACUUGUGUGCUAUUCACGGUAAGCGUGUCACCAUUCAACCCAAGGAUAUGCAAUUGGCCCGUCGUCUUCGUGGUGAACGUGCUUAAGCGAUGUUGCGAAGAUGAAUUUCAUGUCGUGUCGUUUUUGAUGUGAUUUGUGAUUACCAUAUAUGAACUGUGUCAUAUUGGAAUGUGGUCUUGAACUGGUGUUUUUUUAGGUGCUUGAAGGAAUGCAAUGAGAAGCAUGACGAAAAAGAAGUGACAGACGGUAGUUUUAAAAGCUUCGUUUACUCAUUUUUCUGUCGAAAGACCUAAUAUUUUUGUAUUUAUUGGACAAGAUGCCUCGCAAAUCUGACUAUUUGGGUCGUGUACAUUAAUGAUUUGAAGCAGUAAUAGUAAUAAUAAUAAUUAUGUUUUAGUUUUGUAUUUUACAGGACAUGUGCAAUCCAACUAAGCAAGUAAGGAAAAGGAUCUGUCUGGGUGAAAGUUGUAAGCAUUGAAAAAUUCCGGUUUGCGUUUGGAAG